CUCAUCAAAAGCAGACGACAUUUAAUUGGUCAAAGUUUUAUAUUUUCAAUAUAAAAUCAAGUUUGCGGUAUUAGCUUUAGUGUAUUCUUUAUAUUAAAAUCGCCAAAGAGUAAAAAAGAGAAAGGAUGUCUUCAAAUAUCAAGUUUAAUUUAAUUGUAGCAAUGUGUAAUAAUCGUGGUAUUGGUUAUAACGGAAAAUUGCCUUGGCCUAUACUGAGGAAAGAUAUGGCAUUUUUGGCUAAAGUAUCAACAGAAACCAAAGAUCAGAAUAAAAGGAAUGCAGUUGUAAUGGGAAGAAAAACUUGGCUCUCAAUUCCAGAAAAGAGGAGACCAUUGAAGGAUCGUAUUAAUAUAAUUAUCUCAACGACUAUCAAGAAUUUAACAGAUCCGAAUACCUAUGUGGUUAAUAGUUUUGAAGAUAGUAUAAAACUGAUAAAGAAGAAGCAAUCAGAAAUUGAAGGCAUUUACGUAUUUGGAGGAUCGUCUGUUUACGAAAAAGCUUUGAAUAGUAAUUACGCUUGCCGGGUUUACUUGACUAAAGUCUAUGCUGAUUUUGAAUGCGAUACGUUUCUACCUGAAUUUGAAAGUAGCAAAGAUUUCAUUUAUCAUCAAUUAGAGAACACGUCUUUCAACACAGGCGUUCAAACUGACAACAAUAUUGAACAUCAACUUUUUAUCUACGAAAAGAAUACAUCUUAUUUUAGUCCAAUCGUUGCUUUCCUUGACAAAACUAGAGGUUUUGCUAAGAGUGGCAAGUUACCUUGGCCCUAUUUGGAGAAAGAUUAUAAAUUUUAUACAAGUUUAAUUGGCAGUGUCCAAGAAUCGGGUUACAAAAACGUGGUUAUAAAGGGUAGAGUUACAUAUGAAUCAGCGAAAGAAGAAGGAAAGAAAGCUAAUGUUCAUACAAUAGUUAUUUCAUCAAAAUUAAAGUAUAUAUAUAUAUAUGUAUACUAUAUCAAGAUUAAGUUUAAAUAAUUAAUGUAUAGACUAUUUUUUAUUGUAGCUAUAAAUCUGUAUUGUUUAAUAGGAAAACUACAGAUGAUGUAUUAGCUGUUGUACCAUCGUUUGGAGACGCCUUAAGGAUAAUCAGAGAAACCCCUCGUAUUGAAAACGUAUACAUUUUAGGUGGUUAUGAAGUAUACAAAACAGCUUUGGAACAUCAUCUGUGUGAAAAAGUCUACGUAACGAGGAUAUUUGCCAACUACGAUUGCGAUCGUUUUUUCCCGCUGAUCGAUAAUACAUUUAAAAUUGAAAGCCAACAGGAUGAGACUGAUAAAAAUUCUGGAAUAGAUUUUAAAUUUGAAUUAUACGAAAGAAUAUAAUUAUAUUAAAUACAGACAUGCGUUUUUCUAAAAAUAUUUAUCAGGCUAAAAAUAGAAUUUAAUUAUAAAUUUUUUACUAAUAUCCUC